AUGAGGAACACUUGUCUGUGGGAUCUCUCGCUAAAGAGACUCGCUGCUUUGUGCUGUGUGUGGACUUCUGCUGUGUACUGCUCUUACUUGAAUGAUUGUCAAAGCUCAUGUGCAAGUAACCUGGAAGGAGAACUUGGAAUUGCUACCCUUUGCAAUGUUAGUGACAUCAUUGGGGCGUGCGCACAGGGAUGCCAGCUCUGGAGUGCAACAGUGCAAACCGACUGCCCGCUGCAAUGCAACCAGACAUACAACAGAACAUGUGAGACACUUUCCUGUAAGCUUGGCUGUAGCCGUGCAGAGGAAGCAUAUGGAGGUGAAGCACAGAAAUACCUGAGCGAGCCCAGAGCACCAUUUGCAUCUACCAUUGGAAACCAGAGCAUCUCGUUACGGUGGAGUCCAGCUAACAUCUCUGAUGUGAAAUACAUCAUUCAGUGGAAGUUCAAUAAGCUCCCUGGAGACUGGAGGUACACAGAGGUAGUAUCUGAAACUUCAUAUACAGUCAGAGAGCUUCAAGCCUUCACGGAAUAUGUGUUUCGGGUUGUUUGGGUCAUUACAUCUCAGCUGCAGCUCUACUCUCCACCUAGUUCCAGUUACCAGACACAAGCUUCUGGAGUUCCUACAACAGCUCCCAUCAUUAAUAAUAUUCAGAGUUCAAGUCCAAACACUGUUGAAGUUAGUUGGCUUCCACCACUUUUCCCCAAUGGAUUGAUUGUUGGAUAUAACUUGCUCCUGACCAGCAAGAAUCAUGAGCUCUUGAGAGCCUCAAGAGGGAAUAGCUUUCAGUUCUACUCCACCUUCCCCAACACCACUUACAGGUUCAGCGUUGUGGCUGUGAAUGAGGUUGGUGCUGGACCCUCUGCUGAAGCCAACAUUACAACAGCAGAAUCCAAAGUUAAGGAAAAAGCAGCAUGGCUCUUCCUGUCCAGAAACCAGUCUUUGAGGAAGAGAAACACAGAACAAUUCCUUGACACUGCCCAGUGCCUGCAAAGUGGAACUGUACACAACAUCACAGGAAUUUCUGUGAAUGUUUACCAGCAAGCUGUCUAUUUUUCUGAGGGCCAUUCCAUCUGGGUGAAAGGAGCUGCAAAUAUGUCUGAUCUGUCUGACCUAAUGCUCUUUUAUGCUGGCUGGGGCACUAUUACGUCCAUCUCAGUAGAUUGGCUUUACCAGAGGAUGUUCUUUGUCAUGAAUGAAAAGAUACACGUCUGCCAGUUACAGAACUGCACAGCAGCUGAAGACAUCACUCCUCCCUAUGUGACAUCCCCUAGAAAGGUCAUAGCUGAUCCUUAUAAUGGCUAUAUUUUCUGUCUCCUGGAGGAUGGUAUAUACAGAGCAAACCUUCCACUCUUUCCUGGCGCUGCCUCCACAGCUUCAGCAGUAGUGCAAUCCAGUACUCUGAGAGACUUCAUGGUCAGCUUCCAAUCUAAGAGACUUAUUUUCUUCAACAAAACAGACCAGGCCUUUGUGUCAGCUUUUCUUGAUGGUUCAGAGCUUCACAGGCUGCGCUCACACGUGCCCCUGGAUGAGAUGGAGAGCUUUGCUUAUGAGGACGACACAUUUACCGUCACAGAUGGUGUUACUGUUUUCCGUGAGGAGCUGUCUCCAGUGGGGAGUUCUAGCUUCAAUGAGUACGUGGUGGAUUGCAAUUUGGCUUAUCCAGAGUACUUUGGCUUUGGCAACUUGCUUUUCUACGGGGCAGCAACUCAGCCUUUUCCCUUAGCAACCCCUCCUCGGCUUGUCACGGUGCUGUUUGGAUCGAGCCAAGCUGUGGUCAGCUGGAGACCACCUGAACAUGCUAUUGGAACCAGUCUAUCUGCUUGGCAGAACUGGACCUAUGAUGUGAAAGUGUCACCUCAGCAUUCAUCUGAGAAGGAAAGAGUUGUCUCAAGCAUUAGUGGCACCAGGUUUACAGUGAAGGAGCUGGUCAGCUCCACAGCAUAUGAAGUGUCAGUCAGAGCUGUGUCUCCUGCUGGUCAAGGGCCAUGGUCAGAAUCAUUUGGAGGCACAACUUUAGAAGAAGCUGAAGAAGAACCAUUUAUGUUGGCAGCAGGGGCUGAAGGGCUCUGGAACUUGAAGUUGGAUAGCUAUGGGCCAGGAGAACUCCUCAAUCCUCAUAUAAGAAAUAUUUCAGACCUCGACUGGUACAAUAACACUCUUUACUGGAUUAAUUCCAUGGGGGAAGUUCAGAGCUGGUCAUUGAACAAAGAAGAGGGUACCAUGGAGAAUACUUAUGUGCCUGGUGUCAGAAAUGCAAGGAGCUUGGCCUUUGACUGGUUGGGUUGGUGCUUGUACUGGGCUAGCAAAUCAAAUACGAUCUAUAGGAAGUCGCUGCUGGAUGGCCCAACAGAUACUGUGGCUCAUGUUGCCUUCCUUGUGACGGAUCUAGCGGUGGAUUCAGUCAGUGGCUACUUGUACUGGGCCACAGUGUAUUCAGUGGAAAGUGCAAGACUGAAUGGAGAGGAGCAUCUCGUGCUACAAGAGCAGCUACAGUUUUCUGGAAGACAGGUGGUUGGUUUAACAUUGGAUCUCACCUACGGUUUUCUUUACUGGCUUGUGCAAGAUAGUCUAUGCCUAAACCUAUACAGAGUUUCCCUCUGCAAAGCAGGUUGUGGUGAUGCUCUCAUCACAGAAUUUGCAGCGUGGAGUACUUCAGAAAUAUCCCAGGGUGGAUUGGAAUACUACAGCGGUUGUCUGUUCUGGAUUAAUAGUCUGCAGUUCAUUACAACUCAGGAAGUCAAUCAGAGCCUCAGCAUUCCCUUCUCACAACCAGCAGAGUUUGCAGCCUUUACCCUCAUUCACACAUCACUUAAACCUUUGCCAGGGAAUUUUUCUUCUGCACCAGAAGUGAUUCCAGAUCCAGUGCCAGAGUCUUCCUUCAAGAUUAAAGGAAAUUCUUCAUGUUUUCAUGUCACUUGGAGUCCCUCCACAAAUGUGGAAUGGGGAACUGUCUUUUACUGUGUGGGAUCAAGAUCUCUACAUGUGAGGACUUUGGAGAGUGAACAGUGCCUCCAUCCCCACGACCUGACAGUGCCAUCCUACCAAGUUGAUUGGCUGGAACCGUUUGUGCUCUUUGAUUUUACUGUCACUCCAUACACAUACUGGGGCAAGGCAGCAGCAACCUCUGUAUUGCUUCGAGCCCCUGAAGGAGUUCCUUCAGCCCCUACAAACCCUAGAAUAUAUGUGUCACAAAGGAACCUACGUGGAAAGGAUGAGAAAGUCCUGGUGGAGUUGAGGUGGGACAGACCUGAAAGGAGCAAUGGAAUAUUGAUACGUUUCAGGGUUUACUAUCAGCUACUGAGUGAGGCUGCUAACUCUUCCAUGGAGUGGAACACCAGCAACGUGAGCCCCACUCUGAUGCUCUUUUCCCUCAGGGAUGUUCUUCCAAACCUUACAGUAAGGUUUCAGGUGCAAGCCUUCACCUCUGUGGGGGCAGGACCUUUGUCUGAAAUAGCAGAGAGGAAAUCAUCAGAUCUUUUCCCUGUCCCAGCUCUUCUAACUCUUACUGCUGAAAAGUUCUUUCUCACUGACAUAGACAGUAAUCGUACCGCGUGGCAGCAUUCAGCUGAGGCAAACAUCAAGGACAUCUGUUACACUGCUGAUGAUGACACAGUGUACUAUGUGGUAGAAGAUUCUCUUUUGGUUCAGAAUACACAAGUUCCUUCAGAGUCUCAGCUUUUUAGAGACCCACAUCUUCACAAUGCCACAGCCAUCACAGCUGACUGGAUUGCAAGACAUCUCUUUGUUGCCUUGAAAACACUACAGAAUGGAACUCAAAUAUUUGUUAUUGAUCUUCAGCUCAAGCCAAAAUCUCUAAAAGCCAUGAACAUACAGCUGGGUAAAAAUUCAACUGUAUCAUCUCUGUUCUACUAUCCUUUCUUAAGCCGCUUGUACUGGAUGGAAGAGGUUGAUUAUGGCAACCACAUGCUCUACUAUGAUGUUGUGAAUGACUCUGUGCACCACAUUUUGGGAUAUGUGUCAGUAAAGGAACAAAUGAAGAACUCCUGCACCUGCAGAGUGGCAGAAGAGGAGCUCGGAAGACCUAUGAGUAUGGAUGUGUCUGACUCCAAGAAUCCUCAGCUACUCUUUGUCAGGGGAAGAAAUGAAAUAUGGGCCUCAGAUGUGGAUGGUUGCCACUGCUGGCAAAUGAUCAAAAUACCAAGUUUUCAAGGUAUGAAAAUUGUCAGCCUGACUGUGGACAAGGAAUUUAUUUACUGGAGCACUGAAACAAAAGAAUGUGCUGAAAUCUGGCUAUGGAAUAAAGAAAGCACAAGAUACUUCCUUCACAAGACAGCAAAGAAUGAACUAAAAGUCUUAGCCUACAGCUCAGCAGCACAACUAUAUCCAGAUAAAAGAUGCCUGACUCUACUGCCAAUCAUUGAGAAACCUACUAUCCUUGGCACAACAAACACCAGUUUCACAAUAAGAUUGCCACCUGUCACACCAGAGCAGCUAUGCCCUGGCAUAUCGCAGCCUACGCCAACCUAUCUGGUAUUCCUCAGGCAAAUGAUGAGUGACUGCAGGAACUCAAGCUACUGUUUAUCUGAUCAACCCCAAAAAGAAUUGGAAUUUCAGGAUCCUACAGCCACCAUAGACAACCUACAGCCAUUUUCAAGCUACUCGAUACGACUGGCAGUAAAAAACUACUAUUCAGAAGAGGAAGUGCUGCCUACAGGAGAAGAGACAAUUGGCACAACUCUGUAUGGAGUACCAGAGGCAGUUGACUCCAUUCAGACAGUGGCUCUGUCUGACACCACCAUUAACAUAUCUUGGAGUGAACCUCUGAAGCCAAAUGGACCUCUAGAAUCCAUCCGCUAUCAAAUCUCUGUCAAUUUAUCUCCUGUCCCAGCCACACCCUUGAGAAAGAGUGAAUUUCCAGAUGGGACACUUGCCUGGUCUGUCAGUGGGCUUCAAUCUGGAACAAGCAAUUUAUUCAUGGUUCUGGCUUUUCAUCCUGAUGAGAAUUGGUUUUCCACAAGUGCUGCUGUUAUUGAAAGAACUUUUGAGACCCCACCUCCACCUGUCCACAUAGUUCCCAGAAAUACCAGUUUGCAGCUCCAGUGGAGAGCUCCUCUGCACAUCAAUGAAAGCAGCUUCUGGUUUGAGCUGGCUACGGGGCGAGCAAAGAGUGGUUGGUUCCCUCCUGCAAGCACUGAAUGCUCAUCAGGUCUUGUUCACACCUGCAAUCUCACAGGAACUCUUCCUGCCACCAGCUACUUUGUAAGAGUAACAGUAGUUUACAUUACAGGACUGAAAAGCACUUCUUCUUCAGUAGGCUUUAAAACUACAGCUGGUGUUCCCAGCAAGCCAGGAGUUCCCAAGGAAGCAGAAGACAGUAAAAACUCUGUACAGUGGGAAAAGGCUGAUGACAAUGGAAGCAACCUGACCUACUACAUCUUAGAAAGCAGGAAGCAGCUUGGCAACACCAGCAAAGUGAAAUCCUUGUGGGAGGUGGUUUACAAUGGCUCCUGUGCCAGUAUUUGUACAUGGAAGGCCAAGAACUUAGAAGGAACUUUCCAGUUCAGAGCAGCAGCUGCAAAUACAUUGGGACUUGGUGAAUACAGUGACACAAGCGAGGAUAUAAUUUUGGGUGAAGAUACUACUGUCUCCCCAGAGAGCAUCAUUGCCAUUGCUGUGGCGAUUGGAGUAGUUGUGUUGGGCUUAACUGUGGUCAUGCUAUUUGGUUUUGCAUGGCACCAGAGAUGGAAAUCCAGAAAACAAGCCUUGCCUGGACACAUAGUGUUUAUCAAAGAAGAUAAAGAACUAGCUCAACUCAGAGGGAUAGCUGAAACAGUAGGACUAGCCAAUGCCUGUUAUGCUGUAAGCACUCUUCCUUCUCAGGCAGAGAUUGAAUCAUUGCCAGCUUUCCCUCGGGACAAACUGAACUUACACAAGUUGCUGGGAAGUGGAGCAUUUGGAGAGGUGUAUGAAGGGACUGCAGUAGGUAUCCUGGCAGAUGGAAGUGGAGAAUCCAAAGUAGCAGUCAAGACGUUGAAGAAAGGCGCAACAGACCACGAGAAGAGCGAAUUCUUGAAGGAGGCACACUUAAUGAGUAAAUUUGAUCACCCCCACAUUCUGAAGUUGCUUGGAGUGUGCCUGCUAAACGAACCUCAGUACAUUAUACUGGAGCUGAUGGAAGGAGGGGAUCUACUUAGCUAUUUACGAGGAGCCAGAAAGCAAAAGCUCCAGCAUCCCCUGCUGACGACAAUAGACCUCUUGGAUAUCUGUUUGGACGUUUGCAAAGGCUGUGUCUAUUUAGAGAAGAUGCAUUUUAUACACAGGGACCUGGCCGCUCGCAACUGCCUUGUGUCCGAGAAGCAAUACAAGAGCUCUUCCCGCGUAGUAAAGAUUGGUGACUUUGGGCUUGCCAGAGAUAUCUAUAGAAACGACUAUUACAGGAAAAGAGGAGAAGGUCUGCUCCCUGUCAGAUGGAUGGCUCCUGAAAGCCUCAUUGACGGUGUCUUUACAAGUAGCUCUGAUGUCUGGUCUUUUGGAGUCAUAGUAUGGGAAACAUUAACUUUGGGUCAACAACCAUAUCCAGGUUUCUCCAACACAGAAGUUGUACACCACAUACGAUCAGGAGGAAGGCUGGAAUCUCCAAACAAUUGUCCUGAUGACUUGUGUGACUUAAUGAGAAGAUGCUGGGCCCAAGACCCUCACAACAGACCUACUUUCUCCUGUAUUCAGGACAAACUCCAAGAGAUAAGGCACUCUCCACUGUCCUUAUUACUCCAAGAGAUAAGGCACUCUCCACUGUCCUUAUUUGAAGACAAUGAAGCAUCAGUUGGAAUCAUCAACCAAGCUUUUGAAGAUAGUGAUGCUCCAUGUGCAGACUCUGACAGUAUUGCUUCAGCCAUGCUAAUGGAAACAAGGAAUCAAGAGGGCCUCAAUUAUUUGGUAAUAGUCAAAGAAAGCAACCCAGAUCAAGGAAACAUCAAUUGUCCUGAACUUACAUAAGUCUGGCUUCCUCUGUUGGAAAGAAAAAGGGAAAGAAGAGGAAAAGCUUUACCAAAGAAGAUACGAGCCAAGAAAAUAAUUCUACAUAUUGCCCUCCAGAGAUGUCUGGAAAACAGCAAUGCUCUAAAAGACUCAAACUACUAGAAAAUACUAUACUUGAUGAUGUGUAGCAGAA